AUGUUGUUCGGGGGCUGCGGCUCUGGGGCGGCCGGCGCUGCUGCUGCUGCUGCUGCUGCUGCUGCUGCUGCUGCUGCGGGCAGGGGGCCCCCCCUGCGCUCCGCGCUGCAGAGCGCAAUGAGGGGCCUCAGCUACGUCGGCGCCGAAGGACUUUCUGAAGAAGAGGCGGAGAGAAUUUGGAUUUACUUACGAGAGGCUUUUGGGCAGAUCUUUCGGCACAACGCGGCUUCGCUUUCCUUCGAGGAGUUGUACCGGUAUGCGUACACGCUGGUGCUGCACAAGCGGGGGCAAAAGCUGUACGAAGGCACUUACUUGUGCGUGCAGCAGCACUUGGAAGGAAUUGCAGCGGAAGUUCGCAGCCAAAAAGACGAAACUGCUUUCAUGGAGGCCCUCAUCAGCAGUUGGAAACAUCACUCCGUUAAUAUGCGACUCGCCAGCGACGUUUUGAUGUAUUUGGACAAGAACUUCGUGCCCAGCCACGGGCUGACUCCGGUGUACACGAUGGGACUGAAUUUGUUUUUUCUUUUUGUUUUGAAAGACAAGUUCAUCAGGCCCAGGUUUCGCGCCUUCCUCAUGGAAAAGAUCAAACAGUACAGAGACACGCAGAAGCGGCUGUGCCAGGAGGCGGUGCUGGUGAGCAGCAGCCUGUCGGAGUCCUCGGGGGCCCCCCUUGCGAGUUUGUUGUUGGAAACUUUUAUUUCUUCCAACUUCAAAAAGAUGAGUCGAAACUGCAGCAGCGGGGGCCCCUUUUUGAUUCGCAACGACAGAGUCGAAGAGCUGCAGCAAAUGUACUUUCUUUUUGCCAAAGUUCCCGGCGCCCUCGAGGAACUCCGCGACGUCUUCAAGCAAGUCAUGCAGCAACAGGGGCAGCAGUAUACGAGCAAGCUGGAUUCGAUGUUUCGGGAUUUGUUUGUUGCAAAACAAAUCAAAGAAGCUUACGCAAGACACUGUCUUUAUGCCAACAAAACGCCCUCCAACCCCCACUGGUACUACUCGAACUUCCUUGGGGUCGACGCACACCCCACUGCUGCAGCAAGCAGCAGCAGCAGCAGCUGCAGCAGCAGCAGCAGCAGCAGCAGCAGCGGCGACAGGUCUGCGGACAUUGGCGGCAGCGGCCACGGAAUUAUAGGGGCCGCCGCCGAGGGACCCGCAGCAGCAGCAGCAGCAGCAGCAGCAGCAGCAGCAGCAGCAGCAGCAAGCUCGGGUUACUGCUCCGCGAGCCACCCCGCGGACCUGCAGAGCGCAGCAGCAGGAGCCCCAGCAGCAGCAGCAGCAGCAGCAGCAGCAGCAGCAGCAGCAGCGGGAGACCCUCCGGGGGGGUACCACGGGCUGCGGGCUUCAGGUGUCUGUACACCUGAAUUUGAAUGCACAGUGCUCACGCAUGCAACCUGGGCAGCAGCAGCAGAGCCGCUGACCAAUUUGCUGCUGCUGCCGCCGCUGCUGCGGCCUUGCGUGGACUCUUUUGUCUCUUUUUACCUCAGCAGGCACUCCGGCAGGGUCCUCAAGUUCAUUCUCGAAGAG